GACAUGGCCAUCAGCGUUUUUCAAUACAUUGCAGUUUACUCCAUGUCGGCACUCUAUGAACAGAGUACGCCAGAGGUGCUUGAGAUCAAUGACACCGUGGCGAAGGUGAACAUCCUGAGUUUUACAGAUCAGGACUUGGAUGAAGGUCAGUUGGGAGGUAAUAUUUCAUGGCGGCCACCACAAGACACCUCACAGGUGACCCACUAUCGUGCGUAUUUGGCGGAAGAUGCAGCUGGCCAUAUCGAACGAUCCCCGAUGUUUCUGGAGACACCGGUUGGAACCAAUCAGGAUCUCUUGCCCACAGACAGCACCGUUGUGAAUGCUACACAUUUGCUGAUAUACACAGUGUCUUCUUUGGUGGAGCAGUCUACACCCGAUUACUUUCUAUUCUUCGACAUGAUGGCCAGCGUCUCCAACGUGAUUUUCCUAGACAAAGAUGCGGAUUUUGGACAAGUUGGAGGUGUUGUUGAAUGGCAAGAACCCAGUGACACCUCCAGAGUCACACACUAUGUGGCCUACUUUUCACAAGAUGCUGCCGGCCUGGGUAAGUCCCAGAUUGGCGUCGACCUUCCUGAAGGCGAACUCAACGUCACAGUUCCAGCAGACACUCAACUAAGCUAUGUCGACGAUUCCGCUGGCUAUGCUGUGGUUUUCACUCGGUCCUUUUUGACCGAGCAGACGACCCCCAGAGCCCUGGAGGUUAGUGACACUGCUUCCUCUAUCCCAUACCUUCACUUCACCGACCUAGACCUGGACGAGGGGCAGAUUGGUGGCUACAUGCAGUGGCAAUCUCCGGAGGACAAUGGAACUAUAACACACUACAGGCUCUACGCAGCAGAAGACGAGCUUGGCACCAACAGGACUCGACUCUCGGAAGUGGCCUUCGGUACCACAGAGGCCCUUUUGCCGGCAGAUUUCGAUUUGCACAACUACACCCAUCUCCUCAUCUAUGCCAAGACAGAGGUAAGUGAACAGACAGUCCCUACCUUCCAUGUCAUCAAAGAUGAAGUCGCCAUCGUUUCUCACGUAAAUCUUGCGGACAAGGACUUGGAUCCUUUGGAACUGGGCGGUACUAUCACAUGGUCUCCUCCCGACACCUUGACACUGGUGACAGGCUACGUUGUGUAUUUGGCACAAACAGCAGCAGGUGCAGAGCGAGACAACGUGAAUGGAUUCAUAUCAGUUGGCAGUAACUUUGUCGAUCUUGAGCCUGAGAAAGCCCAAAAUGCCUCUGAAUACGUGGUGGUGUUUACGUCUUCUUCGCUGACUGAGCAGACAACACCAGCAUUCUUUGCUUUAAGCGAUUCCUCCUCCCAAGUACUGAGUAUAAACUUUACAGAUUUGGACCUGGACCUCGGCGACUUGGGAGGAGAAGUGGCGUGGCAGCCUUCCCUCGACGUUGCCCAGGUCACGGGGUACUUCAUCUACUUCAGUCCUGCUGCGGAUGGAGCUGAAAGAUCCUUGCUGGGCAACACAUCAGACUCUGUGGAUCGUAUUGGCUUGUCGCACAACCAGAAGACCGGGACCCUGCGGCACGUCUUGGUUUAUGCUUCAUCUUCUUUGGCCGAGCAGAGCACACCACUGUCCUUGCCCUUCAAUGACACAGAUUCCAGUGUCUCAGCUGUGAACUUCACAGAUCGUGACUUAGAUGCUGAAGAGCUUGGAGGUUUGAUCAGUUGGGCACAGCCUGAGGAUGCAUCGCUAGUGACCCAUUUCUUGGUGUACCUUGCAGAAGACCAGCAGGGCAGCAAUCGCUCGCAGGUGAGCGAGGUGCACAGUGUGCGUUUUGAGUCCGAUUUGGCACCUGAAGAAGCCCUGAGAGACUAUAGCCAUAUUCUGGUCUACACCAAGUCUAGCUUGACGGAGCAGACGACCCCUUCAAGCCUGCCUAUCACUGACAGCAAUGCGUCGGUCACUGUUGCGCAGUUCAUCGAUCAGGACUUGGACGCCUAUGACUUGGGUGGACCAAUCACAUGGCAAGUGUUGGGCGAUGAGACGCUAGUCACCCACUACGACAUAUAUUUGGUGUCCAGCGUAUCCGCCCGCGGGAGCAACCGCUCGCAACUGGGCACUACUGAGGUGGGUACAGACUUCAUCGACGUGCCUGUAGACUUUGUACAGGGGCUUCUGACACACAUCCAGAUCUACACACGUUCUUCACUCGUGGAGCAGACCACCCCAUAUGUUUUUGCGAUCAACAACACCAAUUCCAGCGUCUCGAACAUCGUCUUCCUUGAUGAUGACUUGGAUGACGAUGAGUUAGGAGGGAACAUUUCAUGGCAGCUGCCAGAAGAUCUCUCCCAGGUGUCUCACUACCUUUCCUACUUGGCAGAUGACAGCAACAGAUCACAGAUAGGCUCUGCACUGAGCGUCCAAAUGGAUCCCAUCUCUUUCUUGGAAGCAGAACAGCCGCAGCUGAACUACACACAAGUCUUGGUAUACACCAGGUCUGUGUUGGCAGAGCAAACCAGUCCAGCGGUCACAGAAAUCAGCGAUACCUUUGCGACUGUCCAAUCGCCCAAUUUUACGGACCAAGACCUUGAUGAGGAGGACUUAGGUGGCACGCUGUCUUGGCUUGAGCCAGCUGACAAUGCUCGGUCUGCUUGGUAUGUUAUCUACCUGUCGACGGACGCAGUGGGUGCCGGGAGACAAAUGGUUGGAGCAACCUCCAUUGGAACUAAUGAACUACAAGUGCCAGCUGACACCACAAGAGCCCCAUUCAAUUUCUUCACCCUGUUCACUCGUUCAGCUCUGGCGGAGCAGACAACUCCAGUUGCUUUGGCCUUGAGUGAUACGAUUGCCAGCAUCUCCUCCAUGGCCUUCCUUGACCUAGAUCUUGACGAGGAGGAACUUGGUGGGACCUUUUUGUGGCAGCCUCCUGAUGACCAGCAGCAGGUAUUCUCCUAUGAGAUCUAUUUGAGCAACAUUGGAUCUACGGAUGCAGGCCUUCAUCCCAAUGGAACCAAGGACUGGACUCAGCUACCUAAUGGGAGUGUUCCGGUGGGCACUCACGACCUCCAGCUGCUCCCUGAUUAUCCAUCUGCGGCCAGCUUCGUCCUCAUCUAUACUCGAUCUUUGUUGGUGGAACAGACCACUCCUGUGGGCUCUUUCUUGAAUGACUCCGUGGCGUCGGUUCGCAAUGUGUCCUUCACAGAUUUGGAUUUGGACAACUUGGAGCUGGGUGGAAACGUCACAUGGGAUGAUCCACCAGUAGAAGAGCAAGGAUAUCUAGCGGAAUUCUUCGAUGUCUACCUGUCCGAGGGGGCCUUCAUCGGACGUUCACACAUCCAUUCAGCCCCUGCUGGAACAAACUUUGCAUCGCUGGCACCAGAGACUGACAUAAGGUCCUUCUCGGAGAUCUUGGUUUUCACUCGCUCCACAUUGACAGAGCAGACCACGCCCAGAUCCUUCCAUCUCAGCGACGUCGGCCGUUACGUCCUGAAUUUGAACUUCCCGGAUCAGGAUCUGGAUGCUGGAGAGCUUGGUGGAAACGUAAGUUGGAGCGAGCCGCAGGACUCAUCACUGGUCGCGAACUAUGUGGUCUAUCUCGCAGAUUUGGGAGGCGAUCGGGUUCAAGCAGCAGACACCACGGAGGUUGGCUCUACCGUUGUAGCGAUGAACCCUGACACAUUGGUGCUCAACUAUACCCAUGUGGUUGUCUACACACAAUCAUCGCUGGUUGAACAAAGCACACCGCGAGCCAUUAACAUCAGUGAUUCUGUGGCAAGUGUCUCUGGUGUGCAGUUUGUGGACGAGGACUUGGAUGUUUUGGAGUUGGGUGGAGAGAUCCUUUGGACGAAGCCUCUGGAUGACUCCUUUGUCACCUUCUACGAUGUGUAUUUAGGGAACAGCAGCAUGGGCGCUUUUCGAUCUCAGCUGGGCCUUCCUGUUCCAGUUGGCACUUUGCAGACGUUUGCACCAGUGGAUUUGCCACAGGAACUCCGCUCUCACAUUCUGGUCUACACUCGUUCGGUCCUUGUUGAGCAGUCAACACCUACCGCAAUUGAGAUCAGUGACACGGUUUCCGAUGUGCUCAAUGUCACAUUUAUUGAUGAAGAUUUGGAUUUGCGUGAUUUGGGCGGCUACAUCUCCUGGGAGCACCCUCUUGACGUGAAGCAGGUGACAGCUUAUCAUGUUUACAUUUCGCAGGAUCCUGCUGGAUUGGGUCGUUCUCAGAUUUCCGAGAUCUUGGUCAAUGAGUCCCUGCGGGCCUUUCUGAGAUCUGAUCAACCGCUGUCGCAAUACACGGAUGUGCUAGUUUACAGCGAGUCCAGCCUUGCCGAGCAGACAACUCCUGUGGCCUUGAAGAUUUAUGAUGCGGAGUCUCUCGUCAUCAAUGCCAACUUCACAGACCAGGAUCUGGAUGGAGAAGAGCUGGGUGGAACUGUUGAAUGGCAACAAUCCGGCGACUACCACUUGGUUGUCGCGUAUGAUUUGUACCUCGCUAGAAGUGCCAGUGGAGUAUCUCGAUCUCGCCUCAAUGAAUCAUUGGCCUCUGACGUUUUCCGGCUGGAUCUGGCUCCGGAGUUGCCGUUGGACAUGGCCACACACGUGGUGAUCUACACACGCUCUUCACUGGUAGAGCAAACUACGCCAGUGGCAAUCAAUAUCAGCGAUGCUGAUUGGAACGUGCAGUGGGUGUCUUUCUAUGACAUGGAUUUGGAUGGUGGGCAGCUUGGAGGGGGCAUCAGCUGGGCAGCACCGGCAGAACUGACUUUAGUCACCCACUACGUAGCAUACCUUGCGGCCAAUGCUUCGGGAGAUCUUCGAUCUCAAAUCGGAUCGCAUGUGCCAGUGGGGACGAACUAUGUGGAUUUGCCGCCAGAGACACCAAUGGAUGGAGUUCUGACAAACAUCGUUGUCUACACAAAGUCGGCGCUGGUGGAACAGACCACACCAACUUCAAUGGAAGUGAAUGACACCUCUUCCUCUGUUUCCAACAUUGUGUUUGUGGAUAAUGACUUGGACGAGAUGGAGCUGGGUGGCAACAUCACUUGGUCGACACCAGUAGAUUCAUCGCAAGUGACUCUCUACUCUGUCUACCUGUCCACCAGCUUUGAUGCUGAAAACCGGUCCAUCGUGGCAGAGGAUGUUUCCAUUGGCACGAACACUGCACUACUGCCGGCAGAGACUGCGAUGCGAUGGUUUACAUACGUCAACAUCUACACAAAGUCUCCAGUGAUUGAGCAGACAACGCCCGCCUCACUUUUUAUCUCAGAUACAAUCGCGCUCAUUGCAGAUCUUGAACUCGUCGAUCAAGACUUGGAUGCCACUGAGAUUGGAGGGAACGUCUCGUGGAAAGUCCUCCAGGAUUUCGCUUUGAUCUCGCAUUUCUCUGUGUACUUCACCGAUGAUACUUCUUGGCAAGCUGCAAGACUCCGUGCUGGUCAGGAUGUACAGGCUUCAGAGUAUGCGGAACUCUUCAUUCCAGCGGAGACUGAUCCCCCGUUGGCCACAUACGGUUUUCUGUCGGUCUUUCCUUCAUCUUCCUUAGCUGAGCGGACCACACCCUUCUCAGCUGUCAUCAACGACACCAUCUCUCCCGUCUACAACAUUAGCUUCGUGGAUUUGGAUAUGGAUUUGCAGGACUUGGGCGGCACAAUCGCGUGGAAUGAGCCUUUGGAAGCUUCACAGGUGACUCACUACUUGGUGUACUUGACGAUGAAUGCCAGCGAAGGACAAUCACUUGUGGCCGAGGUGCCUUCCACUGAUGUCUUGGUUCAGCUGGCGCCAGAGACACCUGCACAGACCUUUAUAGUUGUUUUCAGCCGAUCAGUUUUGGUGGAGUCCACAACGCCGGAUUUCUUGACCGUCUCAGACUCGUUUUCCCAAUCAGAGGUGAACUUCACUGACAAAGACCUGGACGGCACUCAAAUCGGAGGUGUCAUUUCAUGGAGCAUCCCAGUGCCAGAUUUUCGACCAUUGGUGGAGCACUUCUUUGUGUACCUCUCUGACUUCGGAAAUCGGUCACAGCUGGGGAAUGGGCCGUGGAGCACGAGAGAGGUGUCCGUCCAGCCAGAGCUGUACUACGCCCCCCACACUCAUGUGGCAGUUUUUGCUGCAAGCUCGUUGGUGGAGCAAAGCACUCCCUCGACCACAGAAAUUGUGGAUACAGAUGCAAGUGUAUCCAACAUCCUCUUCCAAGACAAGGAUCUUGAUGCGGAUGAAAUGGGUGGCUACAUUUUUUGGACAGCACCCACAGACUCCCUGCAGGUGACAUACUACAACGUCUUCCUGCGAGAUGCAUCUUCAAGUUCACAGAUAGCAGGAGAUGGUCCUGGUGGCCUAGUGCCACUUGGGGUGGAGCAGGAGUUUAUACCGGCAGAGACCGCCAUUGCCAGUUGGCAGGAAGUGGCAAUCUACACACAGUCCAGCUUGGUGGAACAAUCCACGGCAGUGGCACUACCAAUUAUCGAUGAGAUCGCAUCGGUCUCUGGUGUGGUGUUUGAUGAUAUCGAUCAGGACAUUGACGUGCUUGGUGGGCAAAUCAGCUGGGAACAUCCCAACGACACCUCCGAGGUCAGCUUCUACGUCGGCUACUUUGCCAACUUCCCAGGGGCUACAUACGGCAGCCGGAGGCAAGAGUUUGAAGUGGCCUCAAGCGCAAAUUACUUUGACCUGAGCCUUCAGACACCUCAGUCAGGAUACAGCUAUAUCUCAGUCUACACAAAGUCCAGCUUGGCAGAGCAGACCACUCCAACCUCCAUUGACCUUGUCGACUUCUGCCAGAAUGUGCCAACGCUGGAGAACACGAGCUUGACUCCCGAACAGGGCACCCUAAUGUUGGAUUAUUAUGAGGUACCCGAAUUGGUCAUCACCAAGUUCUUCCAAGUCUCAGAGGACGGCCUUUCUGUGGAGUUUGCUCCCUUGCGAAAGGGUCCCAUUACCAUGAUCAUUACCAGUACCACGGCAGUGGUGGGGAUGACUAGCGCCCAAGUCCAAGCCUUGAGCAACGCUAUCGGUGGGUCGGGCUGUCAAAUUGCCGGAGAUCAAAUGGCCGCAUGUACGAAUACAACGCUCCACUUGACCGGCUGUGCUCUUGACGUGGGAGGACUUCACCAGUACCGUCUUUGGAUCCUACAAGAAGAUGAGACGUCAGUCUUGCCAGAGACGGCCCAUAUUGACUUCAUGAUUGCCUCAGUGGUUUUUACGCAAGGCCCUCUUUUGUACUUCCGCAACAUGACAGCAGUGGCGAUACAGUACAUUCCCAGCCACGAGGGCUUUGAGUGGCUAUAUGCGGUCGCUCUGGCCAACGGACUUGCAGAUCAGGUCCAGGCUGAUGGUGACUAUUCCAUUUGGAGCCAGCGCGUGAAGAGCAUGUACCUCGCGGAAGGUGGCGCUUGUCAGUCUGCCGAGACACCCAUUCUCGGUCAAGAAGUGAAGAUUUCUUUUUUGCUCAACUGCUCCUUCGAGCUCGGCCAGGCAUACCGGAUUUUCGUCUUGCUGGAGGAUGGAUCCAACCGAAAUGAUGGUACAUUGAAGACACUGGACUUUGUGUAUCAGGGCGAGAUGACUCUGGACUCAGCCAUCCCAUAUUCUCAUCCGGUGCCAAGUUCUGACAGGUGGAGAAUUGUGCCUAUGACAUCGGUGGCAGACUGGAGAAUCCAACGCAUUCGGAUGUUUUCGGAUGUUACAUGCACACACCCAGUGGACGUGUAUCCUUCACCGUAUUUGGAUCCAUUGUGGUCGACUGUGCAAGAAGGCGAUCCACUUCCCAAUGGUGCUGCCUUCUCGUAUCCUGGGCCUUUGUCCAGCAGCAACGAUGUUUUCAAGGAUGUUGGGAAUUCCUGGGCUUCUGGCCAGCAUUGUGCGCCUGGUGCCUGUCACAUUGGCUUUAGCUUUGGUGGUGGCAACGGUGACCUUCGCGUUUCUACAAAGGUGGGCUGUGUGGAGGUGACGCAAUCAGAGGUCACUGGAGAGUUCGCCGAAAGCCUGGAGCUUCAGUACCAUGAUGGCACCGCCUUCGUUGCGUACCGUCAGGCCUUCGGCCUCUCCGGUGGCUACGCCUUGGUUCCAACCUUCAAUGGCACAGUGGGAGUACAUGUGGACCCCAGGUGACGAGAUCAAAAAGAAAAGGGUGGGAAGGACGAGCAGGAGAAGAUGGACGAGAAGGCGAAAGGUGAAUGGAUUGAAGAAGAUCACCGUCGACGUCACUGAACCUGAGGGCAUCUCAAAAACUUCAAGAUGCUUCAAGACUCUUCGGACUCUUCGGACUCAGAUCUCCAAAGUUGACCUCUGGAUGUACGAGUUGUGACCUCUUCCUACGAGUUGUGACCUCUUCCCGACCCGUGUUUCGUCAACAUCGUCUUCUGAAUGGCCUCGGGUCAUUUCUCCCGUCACCGCAACAGUCACGGAGUCUCCGCACGAGAUAUCCUCGCGAUUUAGACUAAGCGAUUGCCAGUUUGUCGAAGCUAGACUGUGGCCUGUGCACAUUGGCACAGCAAGCAGUAGCACAGCUUGCGUUUUGUACGCUUUCCAUUAUGUUUGAUUUGGAGAAAAA